CCCAUCACUUCUUCGCCCAUCAUCUUGAUGAGCAGCUUGCGCUGCUGCUCUGCCAAGUAGCCCAUCUCGUGAUAAGCUCGAGCCUCGGCUGGCGCUCUUCAGCUUUUCCAACGCGACAGAGCGGCCAGCCAAGCCGACGGGCAAGCCAUCCCAUCGACCUUGCAGCAUGGACGCUUCAAUGAUAGACUCUUUGCCUUACAUCGACAAGGACUACGACGACAGGCCAGAAGCGCGUGAAGUCAUCGAGAAAGAGCUUGCCAAGGAGCUCGCUAGGCUGCCCAAGCGAGAUCUAUCGAGUCAGCUACCGGAGGAUGUCGCCUCUCGUCUGUUCAGCUCGAGUCACUUCCUCCAGACCGAGCUCAAGCGGGUCAGUUCGAGCUCGCAGGCCGAAGGAGGGCUCGACACUACGCGGUACAGUCUGCCUGUCCCUCCUUCGGGCGAACAGGCGAGCAUAGAGGAAUGGCAAGCCGCUCUGGACAACGCUUCUGCACAGCUCGAGCACCAAGCGACCCGGCUCAACAAUCUCGAGCUGCUCAACAGCUUUGGUGCAAACUCGUGGCGAUUGAGCAAUUUCCUCAUUGACAGAUCAGCGGAGAGGUACAAGGGCGCCAUCGACUCGACGACAGAAGCGACGGAGACGAUCAACAGGCAACGAAAGUCAAAGCAGCUUGCAGCAGGCGCUCAGUUGGAAGCGCUAGAACAGCAGUGGAGCCAACUCAUCUCUGCCAAUUUGCAGAUCGAGAUUGCCAACUUGUCCGUCGAGCAAUCACUCGACGCACUGAGACAGCGAGAACAGGAGCUACAGCGUAAGCUUGAGGAGACAGCAUGAUGCAUCCGAUGUUGUACACUGUAUUCACUCUGUCGGCAUUGAGAGCAGCUUUGCUCCGUCCUGCGUACUCC